AUGGACAUGAACUCUGGUUUCUCUGGUGUGCCCGCCAACAACGGUGCCCCCUCUGGCCCUAUGGCCUACUCUAACGGCACUCCUCCCGCCCCUGAUAUGGGCGGUGUUGCCCCUCCCCCUGGAUCUGGCCCUGACUCCCCCAAGACCACCCUUUGGAUGGGUGAGCUUGAACCUUGGAUGGAUGAGAACUUCAUCAAGGGCGUCUUCUUGUCUUCGGCUCAUGAAAAUGUGAACGUUAAGGUCAUCCGCGACAAGAAUUCUGGUAACGCCGGCUACUGCUUCGUCGAGUUCCAGAGCCCUGAGGCUGCUACCAAGGCCCUUAGCAUGAACGGCUCGGCAGUCCCUAACAGUACUCGCUCCUUCAAACUCAACUGGGCCUCUGGAGGUGGCCUGGUCGACCGACGGGAUGAUCGCGGCCCCGAGUACAGCAUUUUCGUGGGUGACCUUGGCCCUGAAGUCAACGAGUACGUCCUGGUUUCUCUUUUCCAGGCUCGUUUCCCCUCGUGCAAGUCUGCCAAGAUCAUGACCGAUGCUAUGAGCGGUCAGAGCCGCGGCUACGGCUUCGUUCGUUUCUCCGACGAGAACGACCAGCAGCGCGCUCUCGUUGAGAUGCAGGGAGUCUACUGCGGUAACCGACCCAUGCGAAUCUCUACUGCUACCCCCAAGAACCGUGGCAACCACGGUUUCGGUGGCCAGGGACACCAGCAUGGCGGCCCUAUGAUGCCUGGCAUGCCCCAGCAGCAAAUGUGGAACAAUGGUGGUAUGCAAGGUUUCCCUUACGGAGGCUUCAACCCUGCUACCCAGAUGAACCAGUUCACUGACCCCAACAACACCACCGUCUUUGUCGGUGGUCUUUCCGGAUACGUCACCGAGGACGAGCUUCGAUCAUUCUUCCAGGGCUUCGGCGAAAUCACCUAUGUCAAGAUACCACCUGGCAAGGGCUGCGGUUUUGUCCAGUUCGUCCACCGCCACGCUGCCGAGAUGGCCAUCAACCAGAUGCAGGGCUACCCUAUCGGCAACUCCCGCGUCCGCCUCAGCUGGGGUCGAUCUCAGAACAACUCUGGUGUUGGCACUCCCUACCGCCCUGCUCCUCCCCCUCCUCACUACAUGGGCAUGCCCAGCCAUGGCGGACCUGGCAACUACGGCCCUCAGCACUUUGGCGGUCCUGCUCCCGGACCUCAGGGACCUCCUGGACCUCCCGGACCCGGCCCCAACGGCCCUCCUCAGGAGUAUUAA